AUGUACUUUGUAGUGGCUUUGGACGGAAACCAUGAGCCCCUACUCUUAGCAGUUGCUUUGGGACCCUUAGAGUGUGAGGAAUCUUGGCUAUGGUUCAUGAUGAAGUUAAAAGAUUUCUUAGGUGAAGAUACAGAGGUUGGUUUCAUAAGCAAUCUAUGUGAUAAAAUAGACUUUGUAGUUGAGAGAGUCUACCCAGAUUUGUAUCAUGGGUAUUGUCCUAAAGAUAUAGCUCGAAAAAUACGAGAUUCUGUCGGAGAUAGUGAUACUGAAGUUGAAACAUUGUUGCAAAGUGCAUGUACGAAUCCACCUUUCCACACCUUGCUUAGGAGUCUAAUUUUCUGGCUUGACAAUAUAGCAAUUUCAAAAUGGGCACGGGAAUUUUUCCCGAAAGUACGUUACAAUGUAAAAUCAUUUGAUAUUCUUGGAAUGGUGAAAACUAUAUCCACCUACAUGCAUGAGUUACCUAUAACAGCGAUAAUUGAGUUAAUCAAUAAGUCUAUACCAUCAACGUAUGAUGAACGGAAUGAAGUUGCAGGGAGAAUUUACGUCCGGGUUACCCCUUAUGUUGAAAAUAAGGUUCAAAAGCGUGUGAACAAGUCUUAUAAUUGGGUGGCAAGACGUAUGUAUGGGGAUACAUUUGAAGUCGAUGACAAUUUCGACACCAGGAAAGUACAACUUGAAUGUAGGGAUAAAGAGGCAUCCCGCCUUCUCAGUGAACGUCGUGAAGUUAUUGCAUCAGAAUGCAAACAAGCUCAAUAA